GGUCAAUGGGGGGAGGUUGUGGGGCAGACACCACUCCCCCCCCUCCCCAUAUUUCAGGCCCUUUGGGCAGUGCUCUGAGCAGCCGCUAUGGGGCCAGACCCGUGGUCAUGGUUGGGGGGCUCCUGUCGGGGCUGGGUUUCCUAUUGGGGGCCUUCGCUACGUCCUUGUUCCAUCUCUACCUCAGUGUGGGGCUGUUGGCAGGCCUGGGCUGGGCGUUGGUCUUCACCCCUUCCUUGGGCGCCGUGAGCUGUUAUUACCCGACACGUUCCUCUAUGGCCACCGGUUUUGCUAUGGCGGGCGCCAGCAUUUCGGGCCUGGCUUUGGGCCCCCUAACCCCAAUCCUAUUGGACACCUACGGCUGGCGGGGGUCUCUCCUCCUAUUGGCCGCCCUCUCCUUUAACCUCAUGGUGGCCGGCGCCUUGUUCCGUCCAUUGGAAGCCCCCAACCCACCCUCGAGACCCCCGAUAUCACGCAAACAAGGGGGGCUACGUUCAUUACUCCACCACGGCCCAUUCCUACGUUAUUCAUUGGCCUUUAUCUUGGUAGACGCCGGGUAUUACGUGCCCCACAUCCAUGGGGCAGCCCGGGUUCUAGAAGUGGGGUGCGAUGACGGAGGUGCCGGGUUAGUGAUGGCGGCGACGGCGGCGGCCGAUGGAGUUGGGAGGGUUGUAUCGGGUUUAAUGGCUUCCCAUCCGAGCUCUUCGUUACUCCGUCAUCUCUUCGGUUGGUCCGUGUUGACCGGGUUGAGUUUGAUGCUAUUCCCUAUGGGGACGUCGUUUGGGGGUCUAUUGGUUCUAGGUUUGGGUUAUGGGUUCUGCGCCGGCGCCGUGGUUCCGCUCCAGUUUACAGGAGUCGCGGAGGUGGUGGGAGAUGGAAGGUUGUUACACGCCAUGGGGCUCAUGCAGAUGUUUGAGAGCGUCGGGUCGCUGAUGGGAGCACCUUUGGCUGGUUGGUUGCGGGACUUGACUGGGGACUUCAAGGCCUCUUUCUUUGCUGCUGGUGCCUUCCUCUUCGCUGGGAGCCUCCUCAUCCUCACCCUCCCCAGCUUCUUCCACUCCACCCGACGCCAUGAUGGGGUUCUAGAUCCGGUAUCUAAAGGCCUCGAGAACCCUUCGGUUCCCCUCUCAGCCCCUAAUUAAAGCAAUUAAAUCCUUAUCUCCUAUUAA